ACGAAUCAACAGCACUCGGUGAGACGACUGGACGAGUGCGAGUGUGAGAUUUGGAUUUGUGUUUAUAAAAGCUCCUCAUCCGAUCAGGCUCAUCGGCAAUUCAAUAAAAUUAUAAUUUCUUUACGCACAAAAAUAUCUGUGCUUUGUGUCCACUGUUUUUGUGAUACAAGUUAUGAAACUUGCAAGUUAAGAAACUCAAAUUAUGCAAAUUUUCUCGCAUAUUUUAUAUCAGUGUUGUUGAAUAAGUUGAGACAAAAGUUUGUUUCGUCGUAUUAAUUAAACCAAAUUAUAAACCUCAAUUCUGACAUUCUUCUUCCCCACCUGUGACACCUUAAUCGUGCUGGAGAAAGAAUGCAGCUGAAAGAAUCCGAUCCUUUAGAUGGCAUGGAAUCAAAUGACGAUAACAAUAUUUGCGGAGAGAGUUCUCACAGUGACGACACGACUGGUGGAGGGAGGAUGUAUGACGACUUGGACGAUGUUGAAAUGCUAUCCGUCUCUCGACCAGAUAAAUUUGAAUUGGGUGGGGGUGCAAAGAAUGGGAAAACAGGUUUGCGAUUUCAAACAAUCGAAGUAAACGGUAACCCCGUCUGGGUCCUGGAUGACCGUUCCCUUCGUAAAGAUAUAGACCACUGUCUCACCUGCGGAAGCUAUGCGCUUCGACAAGAAUUCUUCAAGCCGCAUUAUUGUGUUGAGGCAUGCUAUCUUUCGUCCCCACAAUGGAUGGAGGAGCAGCAACAGCUUAAUGCUCCAAUUAAACUUUUUAAAUGCCCAGCCCUUCCAAGUGAGCCGAAUCCGUUCAGGAUUGGGCAAAUGAUGGAAGCAAUAGACCCUGAAAAUCAAAGUUUGUUCUGUGUCGUGUCCAUCGCCGAGAUUCAAGGAUGGAGACUAAAAUUACAUUUCGAAGGAUUCUGCGACCAAUUUGACUUUUGGGUGGAUUGUGAUUCCCUGAAUAUUUUCCCUCCUGGAUGGUGUGCCGAAAUUGGUUUUUUCCUCCAACCACCUGGAGACUUUAUUGGAAAAACAUUCAACUGGCACUCUUACCUUGUUCGGAAGUGCAGAGAUCCUGCACCAAGAAACUUUUUUCAAAUCACAAAAGAAAAUGAUACUGUAGAGCCAGAUAUUCUUGGCACAAAGUUGGAAGCUGUAGAUAUUCGAGCUAAUAAUCUCAUCAUUUGUGUUGCAACUGUGACUAAGGUCAUGGGACAUAGAUUUCUAGUCCAUUUUGACUCGUGGGAUAAUAUUUAUGACUAUUGGGCGGACUUAUCAUCGCCAUUUGUUUUUCCGAUUGGUUAUUGUGAACGAAAUCGUAUAUUCUUGACACCUCCAAAUGGUUAUGAAAACUUUAAUUGGGAAAGAUACCUGUCCGAGACAAAUGCGGCAUUUAUGCCUUCUCAUUUGUUUCAACCAUUGCCUCCUGUUGGUUUUAAAAGGGGAAUGAGAAUCGAAAGUGUCGAUCUUAAAAAUCCCAGACUAAUCCGACCCGCAGUCAUCCAUUCUACAGAAGGGCACUUGAUCACCAUUCGUUAUGAAGGAUGGCCCGAUUUGUUUGAUUGUAAAAUGAACGAAUUAAGUAGUGACUUACAUCCCGUUGGUUACUGUGAAACUACCGGCCAUGUCCUUGAACAUGUUCCUAAAACAAGCAAAGUGAUUUGUCCGAACUUAUGCGGAUGGAAAGGAAACGUGUUGGACCCUACACAAUUAACGCAUUGUUCCAAAGCUGAAUGUCCUUACCUCAUGGAGAAAGAGAGGGUUGAACGUGUAGUCAUCUUAAUUCCUCCAGGAAGUAGCGGUGCCUCUCCCAUUAUGCAUCCACCCCAUGUUCUUCCUGGUCUAGCUCUUACAGGGUCUGCAUGUCCCAGCCCUACUUCGAUUCUACCUACAGCAUUCUUAAAACAAACUAUGACCGUGGGUAGCUCAAGUUCAUCGUCUUCCGCUGCCAAGAAAGUCAAACGUGAAGAUAUUCUUGCCAAGAUGAUGAUCUUAGCCCAAACUGUACUGAAGGAGGAACGACCACCCCCUUAUUUGUUCGACGAGGAGUUGGACGAUCUCACCCCAAUUAUUGUCCGUGAUUGGGACGUCGAUCAAACGCAUGACUUUGUGUCUUCCCUUCCAAAUUGUGGCGAGCUGGCAAAAAGUCUCCGGGAACAAUUAGUUGAUGGAGAUGCAUUGCUUCUUCUCAGCAAAAAGGACUUUAUCGGCAUGAGUCAUACCAUUCACUGGAUGAAAUUAUACUAUGCCCUUACUGUGAUCAGGUCAAGGACAAUUGAACCAUCACCAGAUAUUUCACUCCAAACGACAGACGAACUGACGCCAGAAUCAGAAACUGAUUUUCCACUUCACGCAUGAUUAUUAUUAUUUCUCGCAUAUUGUUAAUUUCAUAUACUCGAAUAUUGUACCUACUAUAUUUUUUUGGGACGUUUGAAAGCAAUUAAUGACUAAAUUAACAUUUAUUUUGGUGCAUUCAUAUGCAUAUUACGACUUUCUAAUUGACAGUUUCAAUAAUAAUUGACAAUUUGUUGAAAAAUAAAAUAUAAUAGGAUAUAUUCUUAAACGAAAUUAAUUAUAUAUACUCUAAAUUAUGCAUAGGAAUAUAACUAUGUAUGAAUUGUACUGACCAAAUGAACAUUCUUAUUUUCCUAGGAAUAAAUUAAAUAAAUGCUUUCAUUCACUCCUACUUUAAUUUAAAUCCAAUCAAUUACAUCAAAAUACACGACAAGAAUACUCAAAUAGAGGGAUUAUAUUUAUACGCAUAUAUACAAAUAUGCAAAUUGCACAUUUUGAACUCGAAGGAUUUCCAGAAUAUCUACGCCGAUAAGUACAGGUCGAAUUUUAUGCAAUACUUACUUAUCCUUAGAAUAAAAACAGUGCUGGCGUUGAAUAAUUCUAUGUAAUUGUUUUUCUGGCAUAUACAAGACAAACAAAAAAACAUAAUAUUAUGUAAACUCCAGCAUUGGAAGUUUUUCUGUGGAAUUGUUCGAUUUCAUCUUUGUUUGUUAAGAUUGAUGAAUUUUUGUCUUCAAGUUGAAUUUUGUUUAAUAUUAUGUAUGCAACAUUAAACAUGCAAUUUUAGAUAAUUGAAUUGACGAAACGUUUUGGAAAUGUAAGAAAUAAAAUUAAUUGAACG